CUGCCUUUGAAAAGGCAAAUAACUGGCAGCCUUUACCAUGGCCUGUUAUUGCCUCCAACGUAGAAUCUGAAUGGUACGUAGAGCUAAACAAUAAAUGCUUACAACCUUUGUAAACUCUGCACCCAGAUUUUCUAUAGAAAAUGAGAAUUAUGUCCUCGCCUCCUCAAUAAAGGGAAAACAUUACAUUGCCAUUUUUCUUGAAACAUUGCUUGGUGGCAGCCUGCUGUUGGUACAAAACGUGUAGUGGGAUGUUAAAUCCUAACAGAUAUAAGUCCUAGCCACUGUCAUCUGAAAAACAGUAGUUUUAGUAGCAUCACAGUGCUGCCAUUAGUCUGCUCUGUGGAACUGAGUUACACACCUGUCUGACAUUUCCAUCAUGCAGCUGUGUGUGUGUGUUAAUACUUGCUGUUUUCCUUGCCAGCCCCACCACAAAGAGUGCAUGGGAUGGGAAGGUUCCUUACAUUGAGGUACUCUGUUCCUCCCAUUAAUUCUUUGAGAUUUGUUGAACAUGAAGGCGGUGAAAAUGGAUUUAAGGAUUCUUAAAGCGUGAGUUUCUUAGUACGUAAAAAACACUCUGUCACUUUAAGGGAAGCUUCAGGCAGCUGCAGGUUGGCAUGGCUGCUGCUGAUGUCAUAGUCUCAGUUCAUUCCCUGAAGGAGUUAUCAGUGCCCUGAGUGGGUGGUCGUUGUGAGGCAGGUUGUCUCCCGUGGUGGGCUGGUGUUUUCGUGCAUGACUGGUCCUCCUGAAGGAGGUGGAACACCUGCGUCUUAACUUCGUUAGAAUACACUAUUGGCAGUGCAGCAAAAAGUAACUGCACAGGAAGAAGCUAUGGCAUCCGAGGAGCCCGACACCUGCUCCCUUAGGGACCAAACCAGCUGGGAGCUCCUUAACCUACUGAACAUGCUGGGGAUGCAGAAUGGAGAGCUGCUGGUGAUGGAGAUGAAAGAUGCCCAUGUGAGAGCCCGCUCCGUGCUGCUGGAUUUUGCUCAGGACCUGUUUGGUGCAGGUGAUGUGAGGGCUGAGCUACAGCCGGUAGAGGAAAAAGAGGAGGAUAAAGAUGUUCAGCCGUACCUGGUUUUUAUGGUGUGGCAAGCCACCACUUUGAAGCAGCUCAUGCAGUGGGAUUACCUGGAUGAGACGCUCUGUAACAUAAGGAACCUGUUCCCGUGCGUGCCGACGGUGCUGGUGCUGGUGGUGAUCCAUCCAGGGCCCCGGGGGGAGCUGGCCCGGGCGGUGGAGGCGCUCAGGAGGAUGCAGUGUCUGUUGGACGGUGCUUUCCAGCAACUGGUGGUGGAGGCAGCGGUCUACAAAGCGGGCCAGCCCGAUGGCAUCUUGGAGGUCAAGAGAGCUGCGUGUAGAGCGCUAAGAGAAGUCUUUAAUUACCAAGAAGGUGCCAGCUCACCGAAUCCCAUUUCUGCUCGUCUGGGUGGAGCCAGCCCCCAGCAGUGGAUCACUGUCCUCCUCAGCCUGAGCGUGUGCCACGUGAGAAACGUUUCCUUCACGGUGCCUUGCUGAUCUGCCGGUCUUGCACAGGAGUGGUGCAGUGCGUGAUAUCUCAGCUGCCAGAAGGGGACACUGCUCCCUCAGCUUGAUGCCAACCUUGCUCCAAAGCCCCAGUGUCUGCUGCAUCAGCUGGGCAAUCUACCUUAGGAAACUUCUAGUUUCUGAGGUUCUGCUUGCUUUCUUUGGUGCAUAGUUCCCAAAAGCACAAAGCUCCUGAGAUUUCCCCGGGUUCUCUGUAGUCCCAGGAUGGUGGAUGAGCAAAGUUUGCAGCUGGCUCUGACUUACUGGCCAAAAGGCUGCAAUCAAGAUAAAGGUCCCUCUCCUGCUGCAGCACUGUUUGCCAUCAGUGCGUGGGUCUUUCCCAAGCUGCUCCUGCGUGCCAGUAGCUGAAGGGUCAAGGACAAGCUGCCUGAGCUUGUUGUGCUGCCGGAUGGACGCGUGCAGACCUUCCCUCCUGCCCUGCUGGAAGGGCUGGGCUUGCACCGUGUCCAGCAGGGAUGGAGGGGUCUUAGGUGGGGGGUUCUACAGGAGGGUGGAUGGUUUUGGUUUCUAACAGCAGUGAUUGCUACAAAAGCUCAGCUCUCUUUCUGGGCAGGGCAAGGCACCGUGGCUAGCUGUUUUUCUGUUAGGACUUUAUAAGGAUAACCUUUAUUUUAUUU